AUGCCCACAGAUCCCAUUGUCUCACAAGGCGAAUUCCAUGCCUCGGUUCCUCCCUCCAGGACUAUAGAAGCGGACAAGCACGCUCCCGGUACCAGAGUAGGCAAUGACGCCGCACCCGAGUUCCACGCAUCGACUCAGCCUAGGGGUAGCUCGCCCGCCAGCCGCACAUUUAAGCCAAACCCCAAGAAAACCGUGCCAGGGCAGUCGCCAGAACUAUCCAGCCCAGAUACCUGGGUAGAUGCAGAGUCGACGAUCACGGGCGCCACGAGCCAGGACGUGUAUAAGGGUUUGGGGAAGCCUGUUCAAGGGCAGACGGCUGGAGAUCUAAGGCAUCACACCUCGCAGAGAAGUGGGCUGGAAGGUGUGGGAACGAGUGCCGAGGAUAGUAUCUUGAAGAGGGGCUUGGAGAGGGAUGUGCCAAAGGGCGGGAAGACUAGAGAUGAUAUGCCAGCAGAGGAGAGGGCUACAAUGUUGGGUGUGGGCGACAGAUAG